AUGCACUUGGGAGAGACCUGGAUCCAUUUCCUUUCCACCUCUUCCUUUGGGAGAGACCUGGAUCCAUUUCCUCUCUGCUUCUUCCUUUGGGAGAGAUCUGGAUCCAUUUCCUCUCUGCUUCUUCCUUUGGGAGAGAUCUGGAUCCAUUUCCUCUCUGCUUCUUCCUUUGCGAGAGACCUGGAUCCAUUUCCUCCUCUCUGCCUCUUCCUUUGGGAGAGGCCUGAAAUCCAUUUCCUCUCUGCCUCUUCCUUUGGGAGAGGCCUGAAAUCAUUCCUCUCUGCCUCUUCCUUUGGGAGGCCGAAAUUCAUUUCUCUCUGCCUCUUCCUUUGGGAGAGGCCCGAAAUCCAUUUCCUCUCUGCCUCUUCCUUUGGGAGAGGCCCGAAAUUCAUUUCCUCUCUGCCUCUUCCUUUGGGAGAGGCCCGAAAUUCAUUUCCUCUCCGCCUCUUUCUUGGGGAGAGGCCUGAAAUUCAUUUCCUCUCCGCCUCUUUCUUGGGGAGAGGCCCGAAAUUCAUUUCCUCUCCGCCUCUUUCUUGGGGAGAGGCCCGAAAUUCAUUUCCUCUCCGCCUCUUUCUUGGGGAGAGGCCCGAAAUUCAUUUCCUCUCCGCCUCUUUCUUGGAGAGAGGCCCGAAAUUCAUUUCCUCUCCGCCUCUUUCUUGGAGAGAGGCCCGAAAUUCAUUUCCUCUCCGCCUCUUUCUUGGAGAGAGGCCCGAAUCCAUUUCCUCUGCGCCUUUUUCUUGGGGAGAGGCCUGA